AUGACCCUUCGGACACAAUCACAAUGUGUGACUUUAUGUUGUAACUUUUCUUUUACUGACUUUGACAGCCAAGUGUUAAAGAUCGGUUUCAUCAUGCCUCGUGAAAUCAAAGACAUUAAGGACUUCCUGUUGAAAGCUCGCAGGAAAGAUGCCAAAUCUGUAAAGAUAAAGAAGAAUCCCGAGAAUGUCAAGUUCAAGGUUCGUUGCUCGCGUUUCCUGUACACACUGGUCAUUACGGACAAGGAGAAGGCGGAGAAAUUAAAACAAAGCCUUCCACCAGGUCUUCAGGUUAAGGAAGUUAAG